AGGCCGCCUCCGGCGGCACCCCUCGUGCGCUCCACGCCCCGGAGGGGCGCCCGUUCGGCCAGUCGGGGACGUCGCAGGCUGCCUGUGCGAACCCCCAGGCCUUGCCAGCGAGAAUUGCCCUCAUUGGGCGGGGCGACGGAUGUGGCUCCCAGACAUCUCCAGCGUCGGCGGGUCCGUGCUGAAGCGGAAAGCUACCUGGGCGGGCGAGGAUUCCGAGCACGGCAACGUGCUCCAGAACGAGUUGCUCCGCCACUUCGUGCUCGGCGAGGAUCCUGAGGAGGAUGCUCGCGGUGUCAGAAUCAAAGCUUGCGCGGGCGUAUCGGGACUGAAUUUGUGUGAUGACCGAUGUUCGCCGGGGGAGACGGGCUACGCAAAGGGCACAGUCAUUUACGAGGGAAUCAUCAAGGCGCUGUGCAAGGCUGGUUAUGUGAAGAGCGUCACACUGGAAGGUGCCCCCUACGAUUGGCGACUCGCGCCAGGGACCCUUCGGAGGCGUGGCUACUUCGAUUCCCUCCGAGAUUUAGUCGAGCGUCUCAAUCGGGAUUCUCCGCAAAAGAAGGGCGUCAUCAUCCUAGCCCACUCAAUGGGGAACAAGGUUGUGCAGUACUUCCUCAAUAUGAUGAAGGAGUCGGAACCGGCAAGCGGACAGCAGUGGCUAGAUCAGCACAUUCACACUUGGAUCAUGGUAGGUGCACCAACCCUUGGAGCAGCCUACACAGGCCGCAUGGCAAUCGUCGGUGACUCCCCUUACCCAGGGAUAACGGCUCUCUUCUCCCAGAAUGAGCUGCUCUACCUUUUUCGUUCCCUUGGCAGCUUGCCGUGGCUUUUUCCUAUUGGAGCUCACGCCCAGCAUCUAUUCUACGUGCGCCGCGAGGGAGCUAUAGAUGCCAAGGUGUCCAAGUUAGAUUUGGACGGGCGCGCCGUCAAGCCGGGCUACACCUUCACCAUCACGUUUGAGAUCAGCUGGGGCAGAGGCAAUGGAGCCGCUGUGGUUACUUCAGGACCCUGCGACCAGAUCAUUGGCAAGCAAUGCUUCUUCAGCAAGGAGAACAAAACUAGUUUCUUGCGCGUUGGGGGGCCCCCAGAAUUACCACCCGAUGCGACGAUCAAGAUUGUUGUGAACAAGCUGGCACUCUUUGAGGGCCCCGACGGCACCUUGCCAGAUGUGCAGGCAGCCCUCACCGAGUGCUGGAGCAGAGGCGUCUGUGGAGUGCUGCGUUCCUGCCUUUGGUUCGUCUGCUUUUGCGGCUGGUGCCAAGUCUUGUGCCGAUUGGUCGGUGCUCUUUGUCACGUGGCCAGGCGCGCGCUCAGUUUUCUCAAAUGCAUGUCCUGUUCGAUUGUGGGAAAAGCGCAAGGUCGAGAGUACGCGGGCACCCCUGUCUUUUCCACCGCCACGGUGAAGCUCUCUACCUUGCUACCCAACGAGCCCAGCGGAAAAGCGUGCGUCAAUAUUGAGUUGCCCUUGAGGAGUGGGAUCUUCGACUGUUUCGGCAAGGGCUCGGUAUCCUUUGAGAUGCGCUGGCGCAGCAGAGAGGCGCUGUGGAAGGAGUGGGCAGGCUCUGCCCCGCCCAGCCAAUCCAGGGAUGCCCCGAGCAGGCUUGGCGAACCAACCGCCAAGCAGCGCACGCGCACGGGCUUGUCGCGGCCACUCCUCGAAUGUUUCAAGUCCAGGGCGACCGCGCGACGGGAGUCGGAGAACCUUGUCCAGGUUCAGCACAGCAAGCGGCCGAAGAUGGAGGUCUACGAUGCGGUGAGCAUGAUGGAUAUGUUGAAGCUCUCGAAGUGCCACCGCGUCCUGGAAGUGUGGAAGCAAUACUAUCAUGGCGACCCUUUCUACAACGAUGCAGGCGAAGACGGGUCGGCGAAUGUGCCUCCUGUUCACCGAGUUGUGGGCAUAUAUGGGCAGAACGUGGAGACCGAAAUCAUGAGCGUCUUGCGAAUCAACAGCGACAGAAACAAGAUCAACAGCCGUUUCAUAUUAGACAUGGAGGCAGAGCUCAAGCCCGAUUCCGAUUUAUCCAAAGGUGGCAGCGUUCUCAAGGGUGGCGUUGUCUACGAUCUGGACGGAGACGGUGUAGUUCCUCCGAUCUCGCUAGCACGAAGCUGUGAAUGGAAGGAGAGGCUUGAUUACACGGGGCAUGUGCUUCGGGGGUCCAGCCACACUACGAAUAUGUUGGACCCGAGAGUACUUGAAUCGAUCAUGAGGGCGCUCGUGUGA